CAUCAAUGGCUUCUUCGUUUUCCUUUUCGUUUUCGUUUUCUUCUGGGUUUAUUGCGAUUUUAGGGUUUCUUUCAGUUCUGUUUCUGCAAAUCCAACCUUCACAUUCUCUCACCUGUUCGUCUCAACAGUUGUCGGGCAACAGACUUUACGACCACUGCAAUGAUCUUCCACAAUUGAGCUCCUACCUUCACUGGACCUACAAUUCGACAAAAUCGUAUCUGAAGAUAGCUUUCUUGGCUCCUGCUAAAACUGAUGGAUGGGUUGCUUGGGCUAUCAACCCAACUGGGCUUACGAUGCUUGGGUGUCAGGCUUUGAUCGCUUACCAGGUGGAUGGGAAGAUGACUGUGAAGACCUUCAAUGUGGACUCGUACCAGUCGAUCGCGCCUUCCAAGAUUGCUUAUGAUGUUUGGUACAAGGAGGCUGAGUACUCGGAUGGGAUGAUGAGGAUAUAUGCGACCAUAGCUUUGCCUAGUACGAUGACCACGAUUAACCAGGUUUGGCAGGUUGGGAGUUCUGUGUCGGAUGGGAUUCCGGUUGCCCAUGCGUUCCAGGCCUCCAAUUUGAACGCUAGGGGAACCCUUGAUUUGUCGAAAGGAGAGAGCAGCUCCACGACCGGAGGGGAUGAUAAGCUUAACAAGAGAAAUAUUCAUGGAAUAUUGAAUGCUGUCAGUUGGGGAAUUUUGUUUCCUGUAGGAGUUAUUUUUGCAAGGUACCUGAGGACAUUCCCGUCUGCAGAUCCUGCCUGGUUUUAUCUUCAUUUGUCAUGCCAGUGCUCUGCUUAUGUUAUUGGUGUUGCUGGCUGGGCAACUGGUCUUAAGCUUGGGAGUGAAUCAGCGGGAGUGGAGUACUCCACCCACAGGAAUAUUGGGAUUACCCUUUUCUGUUUUGCCACUCUGCAGAUUUUUGCAUUGUUCCUGAGACCUAAGAAGGAUCACAAGUACCGCAUCUUCUGGAAUGUCUACCACCAUAGUAUCGGCUACCUCAUUGUCAUCCUUGGAAUCAUCAAUGUGUUUAAAGGUCUGCAGAUAUUGGAUCCUGCUCAGGAGUGGAAGAGAGCUUAUGUUAUUGUGCUCAUUGUGUUGGGUGCAAUUGCUUUACUCCUGGAGGCCAUUACAUGGACUGUAGUAUUGAAGAGGAAAUCUAGCAAGACUACUUAGUCAUAUGAUGGAUAUGACGCCAAUGGCAACAGUA